AAAAAAUGUUAAAACCCUAAGCCCCAUUUAAAUUAAAAGAAACAGAAACAGGGCUGAAAAGGCUAAAAACAUGACGCAGCCAUUCCUCUGCUCUUUCUCUAUAUAAUAAACCCACCUCUCCUCUCCCUUCCUUCUCAUCCCACAAAGCAAUUUGAAAAUCCAUCACGAGAGACGGAGAGAGAGAGAAGAGAUUAAGUUUCUUCGAUCUCGUUGCCGCGGAAAAUACCAGUCACCGGAGUAUCUUUCCUUCUACGGCGGCGAACAAGAACCUCUCAUUUGCUCUGUUUUGAAAUCUCGGUUUUUUUAAAAACUUCACAAACCACAAUGGCUCGCUCUCUCUCUAACGCUAAGAUCCUCUCUGCCUUCGUCGUCGAAGAGCUCUCCAACGCCAUCUUCAGAGGAAGGUUCGCCGUCGCAGCCAAUACGGCGUUUCAGGGGAGCGUUUCGAGCGGUAAAGCCGCUUCUGCUGCGGUGAUGGAGAAGAAAGUUGGGGAAGAGUCAAGCGAGAAGGCGCCGUGGGUUCCAGACCCCAAAACCGGUUACUACAGACCUGAAACCGUUUCCGAUGAAAUUGACCCGGCGGAGCUACGAGCUGUUCUCUUGAACAACAAGCAAUAAUUAAUUAUAAAAAACGCUUUUUAAUAUAUUGCUUUAAUGUUCUUUAAUGUUGUUAUGUUUGAAGGCGAUAAUUACGAAAGCGGGUUAUGAUCCUUCCCAUAUUAUUCUGUUGCGAUUUUUGUAAUAAUCGUUAGAUCUAUCAUAAUACUAAGUUUUAUAAGCGUUCCAUUCCAUCUAUGAAGUUUUACUAGUAAUGUCAUUCUAAUUGGGAUAAAUAUAAAUAAUGGUAAAAUAUUAAAUAAAAUUACUAGGCG